AAUGGCCUCUCAAAUAGCAAAAGUGUUGUUGUCAUUGGAUGCUGAAGCAGUUGGCUCACUCAAAGAAGGAGUCAAUUUCAAGAAAAGCCCAGAGGAUGGCAAGUGUUACAUCAUAUUUAAGAGCAACAAUGACUUUAAAGCAUGCAAGAACCAGUGCAAGCACCAAGGGGGGCUGUUCAUCAAAGACAUGGAAGACCUGGAUGGCAUGACUGUUAAAUGCACCAAACACAACUGGAAAUUAAACGUGUCAACAAUGAAAUAUGUGAACCCCCCUGACAGCUUCUUGCAGGAUGAGCUUGUUGAUGGACUUUUCCGUAAAUGGUAA